AUGAAAAGCUUUAGGACUAACAUCUCGAGCACCACCAGCUUCACAUUAACAGGCUUUCCAGAGAUGGAAAACCUGGAGCACUGGCUGGCUGCCCUCCUCCUGCUGCUUUAUGCCAUCUCUAUCCUGGGCAACACCCUCAUUCUCUUUAUCAUAAAGGAGGAGCAGAGUUUACAUCAACCAAUGUACUACUUCCUGUCUCUUCUGUCUGUCAAUGACCUGGGGGUGUCUCUUUCCACGUUGCCCACCGUACUGGCUUCUGUUUGUUUUCAUGCCACAGAGAUUGCUUUUGAUGCUUGCCUUGCCCAGAUGUUUUUCAUCCACUUUUUCUCGUGGAUGGAAUCUGGGAUCUUGUUGGCUAUGAGUUUUGACCGCUAUGUGGCUAUCUGUAGUCCCCUGCGCUAUUCCUCAGUGCUCACGGAUGCGCGGGUAGCCCACAUGGGCAUAUCUAUCAUCGUCCGCAGCUUCUGCAUGGUCUUCCCACUUUCCUUUCUUCUGAAGAGGCUGCCCUUCUGCAAGGCCAACGUGCUGACCCAUUCCUACUGCCUGCAUCCAGACCUGAUCCGCCUGCCCUGUGGUGACACCACGAUCAACAGCAUGUACGGCCUGUUCAUUGUCAUCUCGGCCUUUGGGGUGGACUCCCUCCUGGUCUAUCUCUUUGUGCCUCCCAUGCUCAACCCAAUUAUCUACUCCAUCAAGACAAAGGAAAUCCGAAGAAGGAUACACAAGCUGUUAUUCAGACCUAAGUUCUGA